UAUAAAUUAAUGUGGUCCUUAGCUACCCUUAUUAAUUUAUCUUCUCAGACUUCGCCAUCUUUAAUUUACAACUUACACAAGAAUCACAAUACACACCAGAGAGGCAGAUAGAUAGAUCAUCUUUUUUCUUAAGGAUUCCAUCUUCAACAUUAAUUCUUCCAAGAAAAUUUCAUGUGGCAGAUGUUGGUUGUAAUGAGGCGAAACCUCCAAAACAUUAGGAAGAGUCCAAGAGUAGCCGAUGAAAACAUGUUUAAUAUCAAUGGAACUGAACUUCCAAUCUUGGUGCAUGAUAUGAACAUAAGAAGAAGAUCAUCACCACGUGGAUGGAAUGCUUUCUCGCUUAUAUAUACUCUUGUACGUGCUCCACUUUCUAUAGUUUCUUGUUUCUCUCAACCUCAUGUUAAUGGUGCUGAUGGCGUCUGGGUUUCUGGUGAAUUCGCUCAAAUUUCUGAAAUGAAUCAUCUUAUGGUGAGUGACAGCAUGCGCUAUGCAAUCUUGAUGUAAAUUCACAUCCCUAUGGUUCCUAGCAAUAGUUUUACUUAUGUUUUAGGGAAUUAAUCAAAACACUGCUACUAUUACUGUUCGGAAGCAAAUCUAUAUGUACAUCCAUCAAUUGUCAGCAGCUUUAUUUGCAUGGAGCUAUCAGCUAUGGCUUCGGCCCCUUUUUUUUUUUUUGUCCUUUUUUGAUUGUCAAGCAUGUAAAUUUCUCUUCUGGUGGAGAUACAGAUAUCCAUAUAUGAAUGGAGUUUUGCGAGCUAUGAAUUAAUAAAUUUUAUUUUUCUGGGUUUAA